AUGAGCUCUCCAGCGCAGGGUGGCCCUUCGGCCGCCCCCAAGGAGAAGAAAAGCGGCGUGAGCAGCCGUGUGUUGACUCGCAUGAAGACGAUCAUGAAGAAGGCCGAAAAGCGCAUGUCCAUUUCGGGCCCCAGCAAGCCCGGCCCGUCUGUCGCCAAGCCUGCAGCCGAGCCGGUUCCCGUUGUCGCCCUGGCCCCUGCCGCCGCGCGCGAUGCGGCACCGGCGGACAAAGGAAAGAAGCCGGCUGCUGAAUACCCCGACGCCAUCAAGGUCCCCCGCAUGCAACUGCACGAGGAGCGCGCCCGUCGCCUCGGCGAGCGUUUCGGCCUCGAGAUCAGGCCCAGCGAGUGGCACUCGACCGAGGGCGACGCCUUGCGUGUUAACAAGCCCAUCCGCAUGCGUGUGCACCGCACCUGCCACCAAUGCAACACCGACUUCGGCGCUGCCAAGGAAUGCACAAGCUGCAAGCACGUCCGCUGCAAGAAGUGCACGCGGUACCCGACCAAGCGCACCGACGCCGAGAAGCAGGCCGCCCGCGAGCGCCGUGCGGCUGUUCUGAAGGAGCAGAAGGAGAACGCGCCCAUCAUUGCCGACUGGGACACGACCCCCAAGCCGAUGCAGCUCACCAAGCCGUCGAAGACGGGCGGCCAAGACCUCGUCUACAAGAAGCCUCGCCAGCGCCUGCGCCGCAACUGCUGCCAAUGCACCGCGCUCUUUGUUUCGGGCAGCAAGACCUGCCCAGGGUGCAGUCACCUCCGUUGCACCGACUGCCCGAGAGACCCACCCAAAAAGGACAAGUACCCAUACGGCUACCCCGGCGACGAGUUCGGCACACGCUCCACCCCGCGCUUCCGCUGCCACCAGUGCAAGACACGAUACCCCGCCGACGCCGUCGAGGGGACGGAGUGCACCAAGUGCGCCCACCCCCGUUGUGCCGAUUGUCCUCGUCUGAAACCACAGCGUGUCGAACCCGAACCCGAUCCGGAGAUAUUGAAGGCCAUAGAAGCCCGACUGUCGAAACUGAAAGUGGGCUGA